AUGUCCUGCUCACUUGGUAUUGAUCUGGGCACCACUUCAAUUAAGGUCUGCGUUAUGCAGGGAGACAAAAUUUUGACGGAAGGUCAUGUUCAUCACAAAGCAAACAUCUCUGACCGUGGUGUGGGAAUACAAGAUGCUCGUAAAAUCAUCACGGAAGCUGAGAAGUUGUUAAAGGAUGUUAUCAAACGUGUAAAAACUGAAUUUGGCCAAAACAUCAGUCGAAUAGGGAUAGCCGGACAGCAACAUGGUUUGGUCCUAUGGAAUGCGGAUGCACUACGACGCGGUGUUCUGGACUGUUCCGAGUUGUAUAACUGGAUGUACCCUGGUGAUCCUUCCGCGCCUGUUAAGCUACCCAAAUCCAAAAGUAAUCGUGUUUUCCCCGGAUAUGGUAUGCGAACGCUUUGCGAACUCGCUUCCUACUCCACAUUUGACCCUGAAAAGCAUUGGGAUCGUUGUGGUAACAUUAUGGAUUACUUCGCCUAUCCACAAGUAAUUGUGUUUUCCCCGGAUAUGGUAUGCGAACGCUUUGCGAACUCGCUUCCCACUCCACAUUUGACUCUGAAAAGCAUUGGGAUCGUUGUGGUAACAUUAUGGAUUACUUCGCCUGUUACAUUACUGGAAGCGAUGAAGUUUUAA